AUGGCGCUCAAGGCGCUGCGUUUGGUUUUGUUCCUGGUCUGGUGGGACUCGGCCGCCUCUUCCAAUGCUCAGUUUGAUCAGCCUUCAGAGUACAGCUCACCAAACUGCCAUCAGUACACAUUACCAGGAUGUCCCCGGGACUUCAACCCCGUGUGUGGAAGUGAUUUGUCCACUUAUCCCAAUGAGUGUACUCUGUGCAUGAAAAUCAGGGAAGAUGGUCGUGAUAUUAAAAUAAUCCGAAGUGGACCCUGCUGAUGGAGCAGUUCACAGAAGAGAAAUUGGAGAAACACCCCUGCAUACUAGAUGAAUUUUAUUUUUCCCAUU